CCCACUGUCAACAUGCGUCAUCGACGCACCCAAGUGCAAUCUCCCAACUUGCGCAACGCUCGGUGAUGCUGCAGCCAUGUCUUCUUUCAAGCGCUCGGUGAGCGAUACGGAUGCUCUCACUCACAUGAGCGAGGACUCCACGUUAGAAAAUGACAUCAGCACGCCAAAGAGCAGGCCGAGCAGGGCGUUUUCGUGGACCAAGCUGACAGAGUCGAUGAAAGGCAGGAGACAGUUGUCUCGCUCACGUACCUCACUUGACAAGUGCGAGAUAUCUAGCCCUGUAAUUAUCACAGGAUCUUCAAGCCCACAAGUGCUUCUGGGGCUUCCUCUACCUCCAUUGGUGCCUCUAUCAGCAUCGCCCUCGGUGUCUGUGUCCACGUUACCCACUGCAUACUCCAGUCCUGGGUCCCGCAAGCCACGACACACUGCAGCAACACACUCGUACUCGGCCUCUGACCCCACCAACAACCACUCCCCGCCCGACCGUCAGCGACGCUCACUGAGCCGCUCGCCGCCGCAGCUAGCUGCAGCACCGAGUUUUGGCAGUAUCAGCAAUAUAUUGGAGAGUCCGUUGGAGCGGAUAGCAGAGUCGCCCCUCGAACAUCAUCGCACCAUUGUGCCCCUCAAUCUCAAUACGCCGAACGAGAAUCUGUCCAGUAUGGAGCCAAUGCGUCUGCAGCCCCCGGCUACGGCCAUGGUUGGCACAAAGGGCCGCGCCAUGCUGCAGGCACAAGAGACGGAGGCACUCGUUGCGGAGAGAGCGAAGCGCAGUGGAGAUGAGCCGCCGCCGUACGACUUUUACGAACUCAUUGGCAAGGGCGCGUACGGUCGCGUUUUCAAGGGCAAGAGCCGCAACACCGGCGGGCUAGUCGCCAUCAAGAUUAUCGACAUUGACCGAGUCGACUACGAGGAAAUGACUACCAAGAAUCUUUCGGAAACACUCAAGGAGAUCGAUAUUCUCCAGCAGCUGAGGGAUAGUCGAGCGCGACCAUAUGUAAACAUCAUUGAGGAAGCGCGUACAGUUCAUAGCGAGCUGUGGAUCGUCAGCGAGUAUGCCAGUGGUGGCAGUGUCAACACGUUGAUGAAGCCCACCGCCAUGAUCAAAGAUCCUGGACCCGGACUGCCCGAGAAGUUUGUCAUCCCGAUUGCGCGAGAACUGGCGCUUGGAUUGAAGUACGUUCACGAAGCUGGUGUCUUGCACCGAGAUCUCAAGUGCAACAACGUACUCAUCCUUGAAGAUGGACGGGUGCAGCUGUGCGAUUUUGGCGUAUCAGGCACCCUUGAGCCUCAAAAGUCUAAGCGAACGACCAUUGUAGGCACGCCCUACUGGAUGGCGCCCGAGCUGCAGAAAGAAUGGAUAAAGGAGACAGAUCCACACGGCAUGAUGGGAAAGAAGAAAGAGAUCCUGUAUGGAUCAGAGGUCGACAUCUGGGCCUACGGCUGCACGGUUUACGAGAUGGCCUUCGGAUACCCGCCACACCACAACACAGUGCAGUUUGAUCUGCCAUUUGCUGGAGUCCCGGUACUAGAGGGCGAGCGCUUUUCGCAAGAGCUCAAAGACUUUGUCGCGUAUCUUCUAGAACCCGAAGCUAUAGAUCGCCCUACUGCAGACCAGAUUCUGGAGCAUCCCUACAUUAUGGACACAGCCAAUACACAUCCCAAUUCGACGUUGGUCAAACUAGUGGAGGAUUACUACACCUGGGAACGGCAGGGCGGCGCUCGACAGUCGCUCUUCAAUCCCUUCGGCGCUCAAGCACCUGAUCCACUUGCUCCAGAAGCCGAAGACGAGGACAACGAUGACUGGACAUUCAGCACUUCGGACGAGUUUGAGCAAGAGCACGCGCCACAAUUUGUCGAUCCAUUCACGGGUGCCAUUUCGGGUCAAGGGUUUACUGGUAUGAACAUGCCAAUUGCAGACAUGGGUCGCUUCGAACAGCUGCAAGCUAGGUUUAAGGAGGAGUCUAUCACCAGGGGAGAGCAGCGACUGAACCGUCUUUUUGAUACAGAAUCCACCCCGUACCGAUACAGUGGAAUUGGAAUAGGUGAAGACAGUGAAGAAGGGAGCAGCGGCCGAAGUCAAUCCGACCUGGUACUUCGCGACUUUGAACCAGGUGCGCCAAAUCGAGAGACGGUCAUUGACUUGGAUUUCGCGUACGCAGCAACGGACGAGGUGCCUAUGAUAGAUCUAGGCGAAGUGCCGACCAUCAAGGCCGGUCGUAUGAAGAGCUUGCUCCGUGAGAUGGAGGAAGAGGAGGCACGCGAUGCGCUCAAUCAAGAGAACGAGCUCACCACCAAGCGGGCUACAAAGGAGUGGACCUUCCCGAGUAUGAGUGACGGGCAAGAUCAGUCCACGAAGAGGGCGACGAAAGAGUGGACCUUUCCAAAAGAACAGAACCAGCUCACGACGAAGCGAGCUACUCAAGAUUGGAAGUUCCCAACUGCCAACGACGAUCAGUCUAAUCGCAAGACGAUGGAGUGGACAUUUCCCAGCCAAGCCCAGAAGCCUAAUCGACGAACAGUCGAGUGGACUUUUGAUGCGGCCAUGGCUGAAGCAAACUCCGAAGCUCCCAGGAACCGUACUUCUCGUCGUCGUGAUACGAAAGAGGCCAUGCGAAGCCUAGAGAGAAGUCGGAAUAGUAGUCAGUCUAGCCUGGGAACGGGCAGUUCCUUCUCAUCCUCCCUCGCCCCGGGCUUCCGAUCAAGCCAGCGAUACGGUAUGAGUGAAUUGUCGGAACACCCUCGCGACAGCUCGGCAGUAGAUUCUCCAUUACGAACAUCGAUGAUCGACUUGGACAUGGCCAUGGUCGAGGACUACCGUCCAACAACUCCAGGAUCUGAACAAACGUAUACAGCAUCUAGCUACACCGCGAACGACAACCCAUUCAAUCUCGAGGAUCAAGUUCAGUUGUCGCAGAACAACCACCGCGCUUCCUUCCACAUGAAAUCACAGUCAGAGCCCAACCAAACCGUGCCCGGGCUCUUGACCCCCCAACAAUACGACGAGCAAGGCCACCUCACAAACCAAGACCCACUCCAUCCAAACAAGCACCUGCGCGGCGUAAGCUCAGCAAGCCAAGUACAAACCUCCACCGCCAAACCCCCACCACCCAACAUAUCCCACCGCCCCAACCAGCGUUCCCAACAAGCCAUCAUGGACAGCUGGUCCCACAGCGACGCCUACAACCUCGGCAGCGACGACCAAUCCCCCCCCCGCAGCGUCACAACCGACACCUCCCUCGACGACGAAGACGUCGACGACCUCUGGGACUCCUUCGAGCGCUUCACCCUACAAGCCCAGCGCCGCUACGAAUCCUACGCCUCGCUGCGCUCCACGCGCCGCACAGACUCAAUCGACCACCAGGACCCCCGCUCCAGCGACACGGAUGAACCGCACUCGUCGUCGCAUGAGCUCUCGGAGAAUGAGCUCCCCGUGCGCAGGCAGAGUAGGGUUAGUGUUGGGCUGAAUGGGCGCCCGCUUGUGGAUUUUCCGGUCCCCAGGGGCCCCGAUGUGGAGGCUUUGCUCGGGAGUGAUUUGGAUCCGAGGGUGUUGCAGGAUGCGCUGCUGAAGAGCUGUGUGGAACUUAGGGAUGGGACGCGUGCGGGGAGGGAUCUGCUCAGGGCGAUGCAGUUGAAGGAGGUGCCGGAGGAUGAGGGGGUGUGA